ACCAAUAUCACCUCAAUGAGAUAAUGUGAAAAAAAAUUCAAACAAAAAGGAAUUGUAGGCCUCCAGGGAAAGCCUUUAGGUUCUUGAGGGAAAUGUGAAGAAAUGUGUUUCAGGAUGAUUAUUGUAGAAGAAAUCUUUACAGUGGCCUGGUUGGGGUCUCUGUGGUAUGGGAGGAGAGCACUGUGUGGGCGUAGGAGGGUGCUGGACUCAACAGGUCCAUCCACUGGCAGAGGAUGAAGCCCAACUAGAAAGUCUUCGCUGCCAUCUUCCUGCCCCUCUAGAAUGCCGCCUCCCUGAGAGAAAGGGGAUUGCCUCUCACUAGCCUCAGCAUCUCUCCCUCAAUGGGUUUUGAGUGAAUGACAAGGUCUACAGUCUACUACUGCAGCUGCUGUCUUGCUUCAUUCUCUGCCCCUCCAACCACUCCCUAUGUUCCCCCUUAUCUCUGCACGGCCCCCAAUAAGCAGAACAACUUGAAAAAGGUUCCUCUGGCUUUGGAAAGCAGGUUGUUCAUGUUUACCUCAUCACCUGCCCACCCCCAACCACAUCCACUACUACAUACACACUUCUACACACAGAGGCCUCUUUGUGGUUUGCAGCAACGGCCAAAAUGCGCGAGGAAUGUCAAGGUUUUGCACAAAAAAAAAAAAAAAGAAAAAGAAAGAAAGGGAAGUAUCUCGCUUCUGAAAACAGAAAAAGUAAAGAAAAAGGCUAAAUCAUCUCAAAGGCUAUGCGCAGCUGUGGGAUUUUAAUUUGUUUCUGUGUAUUUUACCUAGUAACUGGUGAGAAAGCUGGCUCAGGGAUACCAUUGGCUGGCUGACCCACAGCCGGCCAAUCCUGACCUCCAAACCACUCUGGAAAUACUCGGACUUUGUGGUUGGAAAGUGGACCAGGUUUCUGGUCCCACAGCUGUGCACACUGCGACUAAUGGGAGAUUAAGAAAAUUGUCUUCUCUGCUUUCCGGACAGCUUGCUCUCUGGUUGUGACUGUGCCCAUGAGCGGGUUAAAUAGAAGAGGGAGAAGCGGAAAAUCAUCAUUUGAGUGUCAGAGGAGAAAAGAAACCCAAGAAGUUAAUCUAGAAGGUCUCUGGUCCCUGUCCCUCCUGGGUGACUCAUCUUUGGUGCUUAUGGAGCCAGCAGCUGCCCUGCAUUUCUCCCUGCCAAAUGCCCUUCUCUUCUUCCACCUUCUCAGCUUGUUUGCACUGGUCUCAGACCAGUUUACUGUCGUGGGGCCAGCUGAUCCAAUCCUGGCCAUGGUUGGAGGAAACAGCAUGUUACACUGUCACCUGUCACCUGAGAAAAGUGCUGAGGACAUGGAGGUGCGGUGGUUCCGCUCUCAGUUCUCCCCCGCAGUGCUUGUGUAUAAGGGCGGGCGAGAGAGGACAGAGGAGCAGAUGAAGGAGUACCGAGGAAGGACAACCUUUGUGAAAGAGGAGAUCAGCAAGGGGAGCGUGGCACUGAUCAUCCACAACGUCACAGCCCACGAAAACGGCAUCUACCACUGUUAUUUCCAAGAAGGCAAAUCCUACAAUGAGGCCACCAUGCGCCUGAUGGUGGCAGGCCUGGGCUCUAUACCCAUCAUUGAAAUGGAGAUCCACGAGGAUGGGGGCAUCUGGCUGGAGUGUACAUCUGUAGGGUGGUACCCAGAGCCCCAGGUGGUUUGGAGGGACCCCCAUGGUAAGAUUAUGCCUGCCCUGGAGGAGACUUACACUAUGGAUGCAGACAGCCUCUUCAUGGUCACCACAGCUGUGAGCAUCAGGGACCGCUCUGUGAGGAAUGUGUCCUGCUCCAUCAACAACACCCUGCUUGGCCAGGAGAAGGAAACUGUGAUUUUCAUUCCAGAAUCAUUUAUUCCCACCACAUCUCCCUGGAUGGUGGUCCUGGUUGUCAUCCUGCCUACUUUGCUCCUCCUCAUCUCCGGGAGCAUCUGUCUUAUCAACAAAUUCCACAGGAAAAAGAUUCUCUCAGGGGAAAAGGAGGUUGAAAAUGAAGAGAAAGAAAUUGCACAGCAACUUCAAGAGGAAUUGCGAUGGAGAAGAACCCUUUUACAUGCUGCUGAUGUGGUCCUGGACCCAGACACUGCUCAUCCUGAGCUCUUCCUGUCAGAAGACCGGAGAAGCGUGAGACGGGGCCCCUUCAGGCAGAGCGUGCCCGACAACCCAGAGAGAUUUGACUGUCGGCCUUGUGUCCUGGGCCUGGAGAACUUCUCCUCAGGGAGACAUUACUGGGAAGUGAAAGUUGAAAACGUGAUGGUGUGGGCAGUGGGGGUUUGUAGAGACAAUGUUGAGAGGAAAGGGGAGGCCCUCCUGGUUCCUCAGAAUGGCUUCUGGACCUUUGAGAUGUUUGGAAACCAGUACCGGGCCCUGUCCUCUCCCGAGAAGAUUCUCCCCGUGAAAGAGCGCCUUCGCCAGGUGGGCAUCUUCCUGGACUAUGAAGCUGGAGAUGUCUCCUUCUAUAACAUGAGGGACAGAUCACACAUCUACACAUGUCCCCGUUCAACCUUCUUUGGGCCCCUGAGACCCUUCUUCAGGCUGGGGUCUGAUGACAGCCCGCUCUUCAUCUGCCCAGCGUUCACAGGGGCCCAGGGGGUCAUGGUGCCUGAGGGCGGCCUGAUCCUUCACAGGGCCGGGACCCACCACAGCCAGCAGGACCAAUUCCCUGGCCUCAGAGCCAAGUAGAAAAGCUCUGGCCAUCUCUAAUACCACAGCGCAGCACGCCAUGGAGGAAAACGGGCCCUCCUUCCCUCUGGUCACAUAAGAGAACCUCCUCCAGAGUCCCAUUUGACACCCUCUUCAGGCCCCAGCCCCAUCUCUCCCUCAUUAGGCUGUUGCUUAGUAACUCAUAUACUUGUAACCAUGGGGCUUGGUCCAGUCUCAGGAAACUUGUGCUGCCACAUAACUCCCAACCAAGAAGAAAGUGUGAGAAAGUGACAGGCAGAAAACCUGCUACUUUAACAUCAGAGUGACACAUUCAGCCUGAUACUCCAGUUGACAUCAGACACUGUGAUCUUGGGGUGAGGGCAACAGCAUACACUAGGAUGUAAGAAGGGAGGCAGUAACCACAAAAGGAGGUCAGAGAUAGAGGAAGCAGGACCAGAGAGGUGUGAUGGGGCCAAGACUGCUGGCAUGGUUAAGCUCCAUUAUUACAGCUAUGGAGACCCAGAGCUGAUGGUCCAUUUCCAACCCAGCCUCAGGAUUUCCAGACCACACAUUAAAGCUCCCCAGGCCUACAGCUGGGAUGAAGAAAGAUGAAGGAUGAGGACACCUCUGGAUCUGGUGUGGUUCAAGUGUCCUUACAGUAAACAAGGAGUUAGUACUAGUUAUCAAGUAUGGCCUAAGGUUUAAGGUCCCAGCUGAGCAGGUGGAUACUGGACCAGGUGGAUUAGAGGCUCAGGUUCAGCGGGGAGAGCAAUGGUUUCCAGCUUUUUGACCUCAGGCUGCCUUUAGACACUUAAACAUUAUUGAGGACCUCAAAGAUCUUUUGCUCAUUUGGGUCAUAUCUGUCAAUAUUUAUGGCAUUACAGAUCAAAACUGAGAAAUUAAAAAUAUAUAUAUUUAUUAAUUUAUAUUAAAAUGGCAAUAAUAAACCAAUUAUAGCUUAAUUUAAAAAAACAUGUCUG